AUUGAAGACACAUUCAGAGUCAAACAUGAAGAUACUGAGGAACAAACAGAGAUGGUGUCAGUUAAAGAGGAGAGAGAAGAAGUGAAGACUGGAGAAAUAUUCAGAGUCAAACAUGAAGAGACUGAGACAGACACUAUUACAAAGAUGGAGUUUAUUAAAGAGGAGACUGAGGACAUGAAGAUUGAAGAAACAUUCACAGUCAAACUUGAAGAUACUGAGAAACCAACGAAGAUGGAGUCAGUUAAUGAAGAGAGAGAAGUGAAGAUUGAAGAAGUAUUCAGUCUGAAAUAUGAAGAGACUGAGACACAAACAGUGCUGAAAGAGGACAGUCAGAAACCGAAUGAGAAGGAAGACAAUAAUCAUCAUGAUUUCACGACUAAGGGAAAAUCCACUAAGAAGAUCUCAGAAAAAAGAGUUCAGAUGACCAAAUCAAAUGAUUCAUUCACUUGCUCUCAGUGUGGAAAGUGUUUUAGUAAAAAAAAAAACCUUGUACUCCACAUGAGAGUUCACACUGGAGAGAAGCGGUUCUCCUGCCAACAGUGUGGAAAGAGCUUCACAACCAAACUUAACUUUAGGAAUCACAUGAUGGUUCACACUGGAGAGAAGCCGUUCACCUGCCAUGAGUGUGGAAAGAGCUUCACAGCCGAACUAAACCUCAGGAAUCACAUGAAAGUUCACACUAGAGAGAGAUCUUUCACCUGCCAAGAGUGUGGAAAGAGUUUCACUCAAAAUGGAAACCUUAAAGUCCACAUGAGAACUCACACUGGAGAGAAACCAUACAUUUGCACCCAAUGUGUAAAGUGUUUUGCACAUAAAAACACCUUUAAUUACCACAUGAAAAUUCACAUUCAAGAGAAAUCUUUCACCUGCCGAAAGUGUGGAAAAAGUUUCACUGAUAAACAAAGCCUUGAAGUCCACAUGAAAGUUCACACGGGAGAGAAACCUUAUGUUUGCUCUCUGUGUGGAAAGAGUUUCAGACACAAAAAAACCCUUAAUCACCACAUGAAAAAUCACAAUGGAGAGAAGUUGUUCGCAUGUGAACAGUGUGGAAAGAGGUUUCGUUAUAAAAAUAGCAUCAGCAAUCACAUGAGGCUUCACACUGGAAAGAGGCCGUAUACCUGCAAACUGUGUGGGAAGAGCUUCACACAAAAAGGAACUCUUAAGAUUCACCUGAGAAUACACAAAAGAGAGAAACCAUUCAAAUGUGUGGAAAAUGACUAACGUGCUAGUACGGUCAUAUACAUGAAAACCAUGUGCGACUAAAAUGUUCACAAUUGAAAUCCUGCAAUAAUCUGCAAAAUUGUUAAUCAGAAACAUGCAUGAUAAAUAAAGAUAUUGCAUAAACCUGCCUGCGAAAUGCCAA